CCCACAUCGGGCCCCGCCCUCAGGCCCUACAAACUCCGGAGGAGGGGAUGGGUGGGGCAAAGCUGGAUCAGCUGAGUGACAGUCACGGGACCGUGACCCGCUCCGUUUGGCUUCUUGGAGGAGAGAAGAACCCGGUGAGGAGGCUGGAUACCAGGAAGAUGGAGAGGUCGGGGCUGUCGGGGAGCUGAGCCUCCAAGUCCUAAGUUUCCCCCAGGACAUGGAGAAGGAAGGAGAGACUCUGCAAGCCUGGAAGGAGCGUCUGGGGCAGGAGCUGGACCGCGUGGUGGCUUUCUGGAUGGAGCACUCCCACGACCAGGAGCAUGGGGGCUUCUUCACCUGCCUCGGCCGCAACGGGAAGGUGUAUGACGACCUCAAGUAUGUCUGGCUGCAGGGGAGGCAGGUGUGGAUGUACUGUCGCUUGUACCGCAAAUUUGAGCGCUUCCGCCGCCCAGAACUUCUGGAUUCAGCUAAAGCAGGUGGCGAAUUUUUGCUGCGCUACGCCCGAGUGGCACCUCCUGGGAAGAAGUGUGCCUUUGUCCUGACGAGGGAUGGCCGCCCGGUCAAGGUGCAGCGAACCAUCUUUAGCGAGUGUUUCUACAUCAUGGCCAUGGAUGAGCUGUGGAGGGUGACAGGGGAAGCACGUUACAAGAGCGAAGCUGUGGAGAUGAUGGAUCAGAUCGUCCACUGGGUGCGGAAAGACCCAUCGGGACUGGGCCGGCCCUGGCUCUCAGGGGCCCCAGCCUCAGAGUCCAUGGCGGUGCCCAUGAUGCUGCUCAACCUGGUGGAGCAGCUCGGGGAGGCAGACAAGGAGAUGGCGAGCAAGUACGCGGAGCUGGAUGAUUGGUGCGCCCAGAGGAUUCUGCAGCAUGUCCAGAGGGAUGGGCAGGCUGUGCUGGAGAAUGUGUCAGAGGAUGGCAAGGAACUCCCCGGUUGCCUGGGGAGACACCAGAAUGCAGGCCACGCACUAGAAGCUGGAUGGUUCCUGCUCCGUCACGCCACCCGGAAAGGUGACCCUGAACUUCGAGCCCACAUUAUUGACAAGUUCCUAUUGUUACCUUUCCGCUCUGGAUGGGACCCUGACCACGGAGGCCUCUUGUACUUCCAGGAUGUGGAUGGCCUAUGCCCUACCCAGCUGGAGUGGGCCAUGAAGCUCUGGUGGCCGCACAGUGAAGCCAUGAUUGCCUUCCUUAUGGGCUACAGCGACAGUGGGGACCCUGCCUUACUGCACCUCUUCUACCAGGUGGCUGAGUACACCUUCCGCCAGUUUCGCGAUCCUGAGCAUGGGGAGUGGUUUGGCUACCUAAACCGAGAUGGGUCGGUUGCCCUCACCAUCAAGGGAGGUCCUUUCAAAGGCUGCUUCCACGUGCCGCGGUGCCUAGCCAUGUGCGAAGAGAUGCUGGACGCUCUGCUGAGCCGCUGAGCCCCUGUCCACGCCCCGAUCCCUGCCCAGGGCGCCGGGUCCCCACCUGCCGACCCCGCCCGCGGAGCCGCAAAAUAAAGCUGAGCCUGUUCCUCUGCCCA